GGGCGGGACAUGCUUUAGUCUUGACAAGAUGGCGUAUGCGGUUGUUUUGCCGCAGGGACACUGAACAAAUUAUAGAAUUUCUCGUGUAAAUUCGUUGACAUCGCAGUAGCAUAACUGUUAAAAAAAAGUGUUUUGUUAGACGCGCAAAGCCAGUGGAUAUCUACGAUGAAAGGGAAAGAGCGGUCGCCGGUGAAAAAGCGUUCAAGGGCCUUGGAUGAUAUACGAGACAGGGGAGGAAGCCACCCGACCAGUAAGAAAAUGGGGGUUAUCUCGAUUUCUGGCGGUGGGAGCAACAACGGCAAUAGUUCUUCUAAAAGCGAAGGAGGUUCUGCACGACGGGGGCUGAUCGGAGAUAAAAGAGAUGGAAGGGAUUUUGAUGGACAUGUCUCCAGUCGGACUGGAAAUAACCACGGUUACACCAGCCCCGUUGCAAGCUCGAGCGGCAAGAAUCACGCGUCGAGCUUGUCCUUAGAGGCGGCCGCGCGCACCAACUCGCGUGGAGAAUCGCGCGCCCCGCUUCCCACCAACGAAAGUGAGUACAAAACUUUAAAAAUCAGCGAGCUCGGCUCCCAGCUUAGCGACGAGGAAAUCGAGGACGGCCUCUUCCACGAAUUCAAAAAAUUUGGUGAUGUGAGCGUUAAAAUCAGCCGAGUCAACGACGAGAGAAUCGCAUUCGUCAACUUUAGGAGACCGGAUGAUGCCAGGGCGGCAAAGCACGCUCGAGGCCGGCUGGUGCUGUAUGACCGUCCUUUGAAAAUUGAGGCUGUCUAUUUGAAUAGGCGGAGAAGUCGGUCUCCAGUAGAUAAGGACCAUUUCUCUGUCGUAGCAGGCCAUAGACAUUUGCAUACCCAGAGGCCGCUCUCUCCAACCGGUCUGGGUUACAGAGACUACCGGUUACAGCAGCUAGCGCUGGGUCGGCUUCCUCCUCCCCCACCCCCUCCCUUACCCAGAGAGCUUGAAAGAGAAAGAGAAUUUGCUUUUUAUGAAGCGAGGGCGCGGCCCGCGUACAUCGCAGAGCGAGCCGCUCCUUUCCGCGAGGAGGACUUUAUCUCCCCAGAGGACGACCAGAGAGCCAAUCGCACACUAUUUCUGGGUAAUUUGGAUAUUACUGUUACUGAAAAUGAUUUGAGGAGAGCUUUUGAACGAUUUGGGACCAUCACUGAGGUGGACAUUAAAAGACCCACUCGGGGCCAGAGCAGCACCUAUGGCUUUCUUAAAUUUGAGAACUUGGACAUGGCCCAUAGAGCAAAAAUUAGCAUGUCUGGUAAAGUUGUGGGCCGAAACCCCAUAAAAAUCGGCUAUGGCAAAGCCACCCCCACCACACGCCUCUGGGUGGGCGGUCUUGGACCUUGGGUGCCUUUGACUGCGUUAGCCAGGGAAUUUGACCGCUUUGGCACUAUUAGGACUAUAGACUACAGAAAAGGGGACACCUGGGCUUAUAUUCAGUAUGAAAGCCUGGAUGCCGCUCAGGCAGCCUGCACACACAUGCGUGGAUUUCCUCUCGGCGGCCCCGACAGGAGGCUAAGGGUGGACUUCGCUGACACAGAGCACCGCUACCAGCAGCAGUUCUUGCAGCCCCUCCCUUUGCAACACUAUGAAAUCGUGGCUGAGUCUUUCGUCCAUCGUGCCACCCCUGAGGCCAUUAGAGUCCGAGAACGGACUCCCCCACCACUGCACUUCAGAGAACGAGAACUGUAUGCCGGGGCUGAAUGGCCUGCCCCUGCCAUUCGUGAACGUGUACGAACUCCUGCAUUUGAGCCCCUUGAACACUUGGAGCGUGAACGACGGCGAGAGCCGUGGUCACUGGAGCGGGAGCUGCCGGCCAGGGACGCUGCACGCAAACGACGGCUCAUGGAGGACGGGAGACAUCUGGAGUGUUCGCCUGACAGCAGCAGCGAGUGGGCGGCCCGACGCCGCAGACCGCCGUCCCUUGAAGGCAGCCCAGGAGGGAGCAGCCGAGACGGACGAUUCAGCGACUCAGAGCGGCCAGCCAGAGCGGACCGGGUGUCCCCUGCACGAGAGAGCCGCAGCAGCCUGGACCGAGCCCCUGGUGAGAAGCGCAUAAAAGGCAGCAGCCUCUCAGAGUCCAGUGUCGGCGCAAGUCCAGCAGAAAGAAAGCGCAAAGCAGGUGAUUCAGCCAAAGGCGCCUCCAAGAGGGACAGAUCCGAGAGCAGCUCCAAAAGCAACCAGGCUUCAAAGCAGGAUGCAGGGGGCAAGCUGAGCAUGGCCUGGAAUGGCAUGCUGCUCCUAAAGAACAGUAACUUCCCAGCCAGCAUGCAUCUCCUGGAGGGGGACCUGAGCGUCGCUACUAGUCUCCUUAUCGACGGCAGCACGGGCGGCAAAGUCACUCAGCUGCGCAUCACGCAACGCCUUCGCCUCGACCAGCCCAAGAUCGACGAAGUGUCUCGCCGCAUCAAAGUCGCAGGCCCGGGCGGGUAUGCGGUUCUACUGGCAGUUCCAGGCAGCACAGAGGAGACUUCAUCUUCGGACCCAGCAGCAUCGACGCAGAGGCCCCUGCGCAACUUGGUUUCGUACCUGAAGCAAAAGCAGGCCGCCGGGGUCAUCAGUUUACCCGUCGGGGGCAGUAGAGAUAAGGACAACACUGGGGUCCUGCACGCAUUUCCACCUUGUGAUUUCUCUCAGCAGUUCUUAGAUUCUUCUGCGAAAGCUCUUGCCAAAACGGAAGAGGACUUCCUGGUCAUGAUCAUUGUGCGAGGAGCAUCCUAACAAUCAUAUUACACACUAAAGUAUUGUUAAAUGCAAGCUUCUCUUAAUGUCUCUUAAUUGCAUGCUCUCUAAAGCAGACGUGGUACUAGAGUAAAGGGCAAAUGUUAUUACCUGCUCUGCCAAACAUGUACAAAAAAAAAAAAAAAGAGAGAGAAAAAGGCCCAUUCGUAUAGCAAAGUUUAGCUCUAUAGCAAUAUAUUUGUUUUCCAUUGCAAUUUAUUCAGAUGUCUAGUUUGUGAUAAGUUGUACCCUGCGUAAAAGAAUGACAUUGGGCAUAUUAGAAUAGAAAUUUAAUUUGCUUUUGGUCAUUAAACACUGUCUAGUUACAAUACUUCCUAUCAACAUGUAUUUUAGUCAGAUUCCAGACAGUUAUCCCUGUACGAAAUUAUUUCUGUGUUCAUUCAUGUUCAUGGUUAUCAAUUGAUCUGAUCUAAUGGGAACCUGGUUUGUGUGUCUUGAUGCUUUGAACAAUCAUUCAGUAAUGGGGAGUGUAAUAUAGGCAUAUAGUGUUGUAGGCAACUAAAACCGGCAGAAUAUUUUGCUCAGUGAACUGCAUGUUAAUGCUAGUGUUCUACUGUAAGCUGUUGCAGAGGUUUAAUAUACAAAGAUGUAGCCAAAAAUGUCAUCAGUGUUAUAUUGAUUGAAACAGCUUGCAUUUUAACACCCCUUAUCACAUUAAAAAUAAUUUGUAAACAUAUUUUGAUUAUAAAAGUAGGUAUUUCUAAGCCCUCUUUAGACCAAAGCAUAAUGUCAAGCAUCAAAUUUUGUGUUUAAAGAAGAAAGGUAUUUCACACGUACUGUUUUUAUGUUUUUUUUUGAAAGGUUACAUUUGAAAGGUUUUGAAUGAAGCAUGAUUCCAGUUUCAAAGUGAGAUUGUGUUAAAUUAUGAUGGGUGUCUGAUAAUUAAUUUGAUUGCAUAAUAUGGUUUUAAUUUUAUUUUCCCCAUAGGACUGUCAUAAUUAUCCAGUUAUAUCCUUACAGUGAAAUUGUUAAUACUGGUAUUCUUAUAAAGGUCUCUUUAUAAAGAUAAAGACAAAAAGAUGCAUUUGCUACAAAAACAGACAUUUCAAAUCAUCAAUGUUAAGUGCAUGUGGCCUAUAAUGUAAUAUUUUGUCAUCGUCACCCGUAAUUUGCUAAAUGUGCCAUGUGGAUAGCACUGAGAGAAUUUAAAGAAAUCAAGCCCACAUAUUUGUACAAAAACAGAGACUUGAUGCCCUAAUAAUUUGGUCCUAUGUUUUAUUUCAUUGACAUACCUUUAGUUGACAAUAUAGACGUACAUUUAAGUAUGUUUAUAGUUUAACAGCCAUUUAUGUUUGAAAUAUUACACACUGUUGUGGUUCUUAGGUGUUUGCAUUGUUCAAAUGGUUUUAAAAUGACAGUCUAUACUUUUCUCUGAAAUCCUGAAGAAGUAGAAAUUUGUGUUCUUAGUCUGUUUAGCUAAUUGCAGUGUACUGAUCUGAUGCAUAACUAACAUCUUUUCAUGUAUGACUUUUCUAUUCUUCACACUAAAUUGUGUUUUAAAAGUUGAUUGAUUGGUGAUUUCAUGAUAUAACAGCUCUUUGUGUACACGAUUAAAUGGACAUACUGUACGUUCAGUCCCGGCCACACAGGACAGGACAGCAAAUGGACCAUUCCACAAGUGGACUUCACAUGGCUGGAAGCAGAAAUAAUUGUUUGAAAUGAUUCAGGAGCCCUUUGGAUGCACAGGGGCAAGAGCUUUCCAUUUAGUGUUAGUGUACUCUCACUGAGAGCAUCUUCCUGCUUGUGUAAUUGUUUUUUUUUUUGUUUUGUUUUUUUUGUGCUUACAGUUCCCAUAUUUAAACGGAAAUAAUGACACUCUUGAUUUGUGCUGUGUUUACCUAAUUUCUUGAUUGGGGAGAAAGAGGAAGCGUCACUCACUCCUUGCACAGCUCUUGACGUGGCUGUUUGUACACACACAAAAAGUGCACUGGCCCCUCAUUUGAUUAUAACACGCUAUCAAUAAAUUGUUUCAUUUGAGGGAGAAAUGUUUAUUCCUUGGAAAUCAAUUGAAGAACGCCUGCGCUGCUUUUUUCGGUUGUGUUUCGGGAGGAAUUGUUGCUCAAAUGCUUGUUUCUGCUCAGGAAAGUGAAAUUCUCCUCCUUUGUGUUCGGCCCGGGAUCAGUCAUGGCAGUGAGAGCGAAGGGCGAGAGAGCUCUUUUGAGGCUCGAUGUUGUUGUUGAUCUGUGUUUUCCACCCUUGUGUCCCUGGAGUUGCCCCACAUGCUAAGUAACCUGAGGGUGCUGCCGCCCCCAACCCUCAAACAGAUCAGGGAGAAAGGGGCUGUUCUGCUGAGCGUUGAGAAUGAGUGGAGAGAUGAUGUUUGCGCAGACCUUCAUCUAAACUGAAAUAUCUGUUUCAGCACCUUUCGAUUCUCACAGGCGUGGCGGCUGCUCCCCGUAUGUUCCCCUCAGCUGGAAGUAUCCAGGCUUGCUGUAACCUGGCCGGCCACACUAUGCAUUGCCAGCACGACUGCCUGCACGAUAGAGGCCCCGAAUGAACCUCAUAUCAGUGAUUUCCAAUUCAGAGGAGCAGGCAUUUGUUUAUCCCAUCCUUUGAUCUCGUCUGAUAUGAUUUUGUGAAAAUCAGUGAAGGAAGAGGAUUUAGAAAAGCCAAAAGCGAUUUUAGCCUUCGAAAUUGUGUGCGACUCGAAUCGAGUUUUGAUAGCUUUGUUUCCUUAAACGUUUAUUUUCCGAAAGAGAUUUUAAAAUGCAUCCAGAUGAUCGAUACGUGGUUAAUUGACGCUUCGUUGUGAAGAACCCCUGAAAGAAAACAAGUUGCCCUUGUGAACUCCACCCAAAGUUAACAUGGAGUUUGCUUGCGAGGAGCCUCGUCAGGAGGAAGAGAAUGAACAGCACCUCCUUCCCUUUCCUUAGUAAGACAUCUGGUCAGCUGCAUCGCUUCACCAGCAGCUCAUUCAGGCCUCUGACGUGAGGAUCCAGACCAGUCCUCUGGUGUGGGUGGUGAGUAGGGGGCAUUUGCUUCAUACCAGGUUUUUAGACUCAGAGUCUACCUGGUACAGGUAAGUGUCAGUUAAAAAAAAUACAUUAGAACGUUACAAUUGACUGUAACUGACAUCUUUGUGUUAUCCAAACCUUCUGAAAAAAACAAGAAAAAUACAGAAAUUUGUUAUGUUACAUUUUUGCUAGGAGGUCAAAGACUUACACAAAUAAACUGGCAAUAAGGAUGUUCAUGUUAAAGCACUAGUUCACCUGAAAAUGUACUCACUCUCAUGUUCUUCCAAACCUAUAUGACUUUCCUUCUUUGGAACAAACAAGAUAUUUUGAAAAACAUUCUUUUUUCUUCUCCAUAUAAUUUUUCAAAUUAUUGUUUUGGACCCUCUUGACUUAUGGGCAAAAAUGGUUAAAACAUUCUUCAAAAAAAUCUUUUUGUGUUCCACAGAAGAAAGUCAUACAGGUUUGGAACAACUUAAAGGUGAGUAAAUAAUGACAGAAUUUUCAUUUUUGGGUGAACUAUUCCUUUAAAGGGACACAAAAAUUGAAAAUUUUGUCAUUUACUCACCUUUAAGUUGUUCCAAACCUGUAUGAGUUUCUUUCAUCUGUUGAACAUAAAAGAAGAUACUUUGAACAAUGUUGGUAAGACAGUUGAUGGCACCCAUUGACUUCCAUAGUAGGAAAAAAAAAACUAUAAGUCGAUGGGUGCCGUCAACUGUCAAGUUACCGACAUUGUUCAAAAUAUCUUCUUUUGUGUUCAACAGAAGAAAUAAACUCAUACAAAUUUCAAAUGACAUGAUGGUGAGUGAAUGACGACAAAUUUUUCAUUUUUGGGUGAACUAACACUUUAAUUUGAGAAUAAUAAAUUAGUUAUUUUUAAAAUGUAGAUAAAUAUAUAACUUACAUAUUAUUCACACAUGCAAAAAUAAUUGUUGGUAGUAUCCCUAGAAUGACCAUAACCCAAAUUAACGCUAAUAAUUUUAAAACAAUUUAGAAAACAAAAAAAUAAACCUUUAGAAUAAAUUAAUCUGUGUUCUUUCAUUUUCAUUUAGAUUAUGACAAAUCAGAAACAGCUUUUAUUAGAUCUAAAACAACCACAUUUAUAACUUAAAUACAAAAUUUAACAUAAUUCCACAUUUAAUUUUAGCCUUUUACAGAGCUUUUCAUUCCAGUUAAAGCUUCAGAACAUUUACUAUUAGGCUUUUAAGCCAUUUAAUUUGCCUUAUAAUCCUAACAAUUAAUUACCUUAUAAGUUCUAAUGUUAAUAUCCAUUGUAACAUAACAUGCUGUGUUGAAAGUACUGUAACUAAUGCAUUCUUAGAGCUCUAGGUAAAUAAUUAACUACAAUGAUGUCAAUAUUCGGCUCUCGUGGGCUCCUCCUGAUUGUAACACUUUGUCCUAAUGAUAGAAAGAAAUGUAGAAGAUAGUGAUUACAUUUAUGUAAACCUAACUGACUUGAAAAUAACCAGGGGCUUCUUGUGGAAGAUUAAGUUGAGUAUCUCAGUUUAAAUUAUGAUGGGUAUCAGAAAAAUGAUUUGAUUGCAUAAGGUUUUACAAUUUUUUUCCCCCAUAGGCCUGUCAUAAUUUCCCCCUUUACAGUGACAUUGUUAAAACUGGUAUUGCUAUCAAGGUCACUUUAUAAACAAAGACAAACAGGAAUUUUCUGUACAAACAGAUUUCUGCCUAUGAAUAUGAAUAGAAUUUACAAGCUGAAAUAUUACGUAUAUAUACUAUUGAAAAUAUUGGUGUUUUAUUUCAAAUUUCAUCUCUAUUGCAGUCUCAUUUUAAAGGCUGCGCCCUCCGGAGGUCACAUUUGUUGGCCGCAUACGUCAUUGAGGCUGCCACAUUCAGAAAAGUAUUACAGUCCAAAGAAAAAAAGAAAUGACAAUAAUUUACACCUCACAAGGAAUAUGAUUACUUUUCCUCAAUGACACAUGUGACCCACAAAGGUGACCUCUGGAGGGCGCAGCCUUUGAAAUGAGACACAGCUUUUAUUAUGAGUACAGAUGUGGAGCGUUCUGUACAGAACACGUGUUGACCAAAAUCUGCUCUUUGCAAAAAGAUUUAGGCACUGGCUAACAUUAAAUCCACUUGCAUUAACAAAUAUACCUGAAAUUAUUCAUAUAAUUCAUCUCUAUAACAUUUUUACUUGUCCAUUUUCAGUUACACAUGGAGAGAAUACCAUGCUGAAAAUGAGUUCUCUCAGUCCAUGGCGCUCAACUGUGGUCUCUUAUGUUUUCUCUUGUGUCUUCACCACAGUUCUGACUGACUGGCCUGUCUUCUGAUGCUAUGGAAUGGGCCUGGUAACUUGGUAACCAUAGGUCUCCAUGGUAACACUCAAGACCCUCCUCUGGCCUCAUUUGCAUAAUCUCUCUGUGUAGUCCAGGCACUGUUCAGUUCCUACUUUACCAAGUAAUGAAAAGACCAUAUUAAGUCUGACAGUCCAAAACAUUAGCUCAUUGUUCUUGGCUAUAGCUUAGUUCUCUGCAUAAGCUACCACAUGAUGACUAUAAGCUAUUUCAGGCCUCACAAGAGGCUUACUAAGAAUGAUCUUACUACUCUUGUUUUGUUGGAAACUCAAGUUAAAUGUGAAUACAGUCAGAAUUUGCACUUUAAAAAGUUAAUUCUGAACUUUUAUACCUGUACUAAUCAUUACUCCUCUAUAAUGAUUAGUACAGUUAUAAUAGUUCAGAAUUAACUUUUUAAAGAGCAAAUUCUGACUAUUCAGUUUGCACAUUUAACUUGUGAUGGUUGAUGAUCUUCAAACCCAGAAAUCUGUUUUGCAACAGUACAUUGUUGAUGCCAUAGGUGACCUAUCUGCACCCUCAGCUGUUAUAACUUCAUUUUAACACCAACUUUUACUCUAGCAAGAAUAUAUGCUGAUUUUUUUUUUUUAACCGAUGUCCAGGUGGACAGAUCUGCUGAGUGAUGAACCCACAGCCGGACGACUUCUGAUGAAACAGUUAGAUGAACAUCAGUGUUGCAUUGUGGGUAAUCAUCCAUCAGUGAUUAAUCACGAAAAUAGUGUCUCAUCACGGCUCACAUUUCUGUAAGUACUAGUUGAUUUAAGUAAAUUUUUUUUCCUCAUACUUCAGAAUUGAGUAGGUUCAUAUUGAUACUAAUGUGUGUUAAUGCUUUCUUGUAAUACAAUAUAUGACAUAUUUUCAUAUUAGAUUAAUGUCUUGGAAUGAUGCAUUAAAAUGUAAAUGCUGCUUACCAUUGUUGUAUGUACUACAUUCAGUGUUCUCAAUAAAGAUAUUUUUACACCA